AUGGUGCUCAAGUUGCAGCCCGACGUAGCUCCGCACCAUAUCGGCACUACUGAAGAGGUGGCGCUCCGGCUCCUGAACGAGAGCGCCCACGGGUCACCGCUCCCCUCCGUCCCGAGGCUGCACACCGCCGCGACGGCUGAGAUUGGCGGCCGGCGGUGGCACUACAUGGUGAUGGAUCGCGCCGGCGAGAGAGAGUUCGGGUGGUGCGGCCGCGACCAGACGGAGGCCGCUCUCGGCCGCGCCUUUGCCACCGCCCUUGUCGGACUGGUCUACAUGCACAGCUGCGGCGUGGCGCACCUCGACGUGAAGCCCGCAAACAUCCUCGUCGACCGCGCGCACUCGGCGACGCUCAUCGACUUUGGGCUGAGCCUGAUGCAGCGCGAGAGCACGCGGGCCGCGGGCACGCUGCCCUACAUCGCGCCCGAGAUCUGCAAGCGCGCCGUGCCCCACGCCCGCGCGUACAACACCUUCAAGUCCGACGUCUGGUCGCUCGGCAUCUCGCUCUUCGCGGCCGCGGCCGGCUUCCACCCGUGGGCGCUCGCAAACGUGCACGAGCAGUCGGGUCGCUACCGCCGCGUCUACAAUGCACAGGGCCGCGCGGCGCACCUCGGCUUUAGCGCGACGUGGCUCCUCCUCUCGACGCCGCUCUCGGACGAGCUGGCCGCCACCUUCCCCGGCAUGGUCGGGCCGGCGACGGAGGAGGAGCUCUCACCCUGCCUGAGCUCGCCGGCGGCACCGCUGCUCGUCAAGCUCCUCGACGGCAUGCUCGUCAUCGACCCCGACCGUCGGCCCGACCUCUGCGGCGUCUGCCGGCUCGCACACGAGUGGCUCGCCGCCGUCUGCCCGGCAGAGCAGCGGCGCGUGGGAGCGGUCCUCGCCGCAGCGGAGAGCGGCGCGUCGCCGCUCGGCGCCGCCGUCGCCGCGGCUGCGGCGGGAGAGAAGGAGCAGACCUUUGGGCACCCCGGCGACGGCGCGCGCGCGGACAGCGCGGACGAGUCGAACGAUCCCGUAUACCGCUCCAGCUUCCGGAGCAGCGGCAGCGGGAGGCUCCGCGAGUGGCUCGACGAGCUCGACGAGGAGUCCGAGGAGCGAAAGAGGCACCCGGACGCGCUCUCGCGACAGCGGGCCGAGGCGGCGGGCCGGUCCUUCAACAACCGGACGGCGCAGGAAGGUUGGCAGCGGGCCGAGGCGGCGGCGCGCGACGCGUUUGCCGCCUGCGACGCGGACGGCAGCGGCGCGAUCGACCGGUGUGAGUUUGGCGCGGUGCUGCGGCUGCUCGGCCUGCCGCCCGAGCUAGAGGAGCCGAUGAUGGCGGUGGCCGACGCGAACGGCGACUCCCUGGUGAGCUACGCGGAAUUGCGCGCGUUGCUGAUCAAGUUUGGCGCCGCGGAGGGGAGAGAGCAGGGAGGCGCUCACGUCAUCGGCUCCUCCAGCUCAGAGUGGAGGGCUUGCGGGAGAUUCGACGCGCUCGACGAGCUGAGCGACACCGAGGAUGCCGACGACGUCGCCGCCUUCGACUCAUGGCGCACGGGCGAGCCACAGAUCCACCGCUACUCGUCCCCCCGCGGGGUGGACGCGUCGCUCGACCCGUCCAGCGGGGAGCCGGCCGCAGAGGUUGGCGCGCGCCUCAAGCCGCCGCCGGCAGGGGAGGUGGCCGCGGCGCUCGCAUGGCCCGAGCACGCACGCGUCUUGCGUUGA